AUGGGACUGAUAGGUGUCGAAAACCUUUGCUGGGAGGGUCUUCCAGUGGAUAUUUGCCACGUUGUCUGCCUUGACCUGCUGCAUGGCCUUCACAAAUACAUAAGUGACCAUCCAAAGACAUGGAUCGAAAAUUCGAUUGGAAAAGACUCACUUGAUGCUCGAUUCAUUGCACAACCGUACCGGAAGGGACAACGUACAUUUCACCAGGGGAUAUCAAAGAUAUCCCAGUGGUCAGGCCGUGAAAAUCGGGAUCUUCAGCGCCAUCUAGGCGUCAUCAUCGCAGGAGCAUAUGAGAAGGGGAAGGAAAGUGUAAAUCCAAGAAUUGUGAAAGCGACGCGUGCGCUGCUUGAUUUCUCUUACAAAGCCCAAUUCCCUGCACAUUCCGAUGUUACUUUGGGGUCAAUGAUUCAAGAUCUGAAAACAUACUAUUCCACUUCGAAGGUUUUCCUGGACAACGGCGCUCAUUGCAAUAUAAAGGGUGUACUAAUUCCUCACUUCCACAUACCAAAACACCAUAAUCUUCGCCAUUUCGCUCAAGAUAUUCGUGAUCAUGGCACUAUGGAUAAUGGAUCGUCAGAAAUCACAGAAUCGUUGCAUAUCCCAACAUGCAAAGUGACCUAUCAAUCAACAAAUAAGAAGGCUCACACGAUACAAAUUCUCGAUCAGCUUCAACGCGUGGAUUCG